AUCUGAGUUGAUUUUGCUAGACUGCAUGAAAAUCAUAACAGGGUAGGAGGAAGUAUUAGCUUUGACAAGUGAAAGAACUGAAGAAGAAAGCAAUAGACGCCAGUAAAGGCCUUCUUAUUCCAAUGGAUGAUGAUGAAGUGAAGGUUGAAACCUUUGACAAUGGAGCAGAAGAUGGAACUUUGUGUUUCAAAGCAUCCAUAUGUUGCGAUUAUCGACCUGAGCUUAUGUAUGACAUAAAACAAGCAGUCAAUGCUCUUCAAUUGAAAAUGGUGGAUGUAGAAAUAUCAACCUUAGGAGGCCAGUUAAAGAAUGUGCUUUUUCUAACCAGCUACAGAAAGAGAAAGAAGAAUGUCACUGAUGAUACUGAAACACAACAGAUUCUUGUAAAUUCUAUCCACCAGGCCUUGAAUUCUGUAUUGGAGAAAGGAUCUAUUUCACCUGAAUACUCACCAAGAACAACACUUCCGAACAAGAGGAGGAGGGUGACUUUCUUUGAUGCCUCCAGCUUGAGUUCUUGAGAGCCAAAAUCUUAGUUGUUGCUGUUGAUAGUGAUGUGCAUAAUCAUAUAUGGUGUUUUUGAUUAGUUUGUAUAAACAGAUUAUGUGUAGAAAUUAUGUGACAAAAGCUGUUGCUAUCUGAAGUAUUAAUAUCGGUGGCGUCAUCUUUGUUGUUGUAAAACAAUGUCUUAUGUGAAAUAAUAUAAAAUAAGAUGUUGUCUAUCUGA